UCACAUACAAAAUGGGAUUUCUUUUCUUUACCAAUAACAUACUUCUAAAGUUUUGCCACCUCUUUUCCCUACUAAUCUCUAUUCUUCUCUUGAUCUCCCAUGGAGGUCAAGCUACUAAUACAACCAUAGUUACAAAUAUUGGUGGAAUCAUUGAUGUCAAGUCCCGAAUCGGGAAAGAACAGAAAAUAGCCAUUGAAAUUGCGGCGGAAAACUUCAACCGCUAUUCAAAGUCUAACAAGCUGUCCCUCCAUUUCCAGGACUCCGGCCAGUUAGACCCCCUUCAAGUUGCUUCUGCCGCUGAAGAGCUCAUUAAGGAAAAGAAAGUGGAUGUAAUUAUUGGCAUGAACAAAUGGGAGGAAGCCGCACUCGUAGCUUCUGUUGGAAACAAGGAAAAAGUUCCGAUUAUUUCAUUCGCAGCUCGUGUCAUAACCCCACCGCAGAUGGAACGCCGUUGGCCUUUCUUAAUACAAAUGGCUAACAACGGUUCUUCACAAAUCAAAUGCGUUGCAGAUAUUGUUGGGGUGUACCAAUGGAAAAAGGUUGUGGUGAUACAUGAAGAUGGUCCGUAUGCCAGUGACUCGGGGAUGUCAGCUCUUCUUCUAUCCAAGGCUCUUCAGGAUGUUGAUUCAGAGAUUGAUUAUCGUUUAGUUCUUCCACCAGCUUCUUCUCUGUCUUCUCCAAAAGGGUUUGUUCUGGACGAGCUGCUGAAGCUACAGAAUGCAACAAAAUCUCGGGUUUUUAUUGUUCUUCAGUCAUCGUUGUCGAUGGCGACUCAUUUGUUCAGAGAAGCUAAAAAUCUCGGGUUUAUGGGGAACGAGUCAGCUUGGAUUAUCACGGACAGUGUAACAAGUUUCCUGUACUCGGUUGACGACUCUGUUAUUUCCUCUAUGGAAGGUGCUUUAGGGAUCAAGACCUACUAUUCUACUAGUACUGAUUCUUACAAAGAUUUCUAUGCCCUGUUCUCAAAAAAAUUCCAAUCCGAGUAUCCAGAGGAGGCUAAUCCUAAGCCGGGAAUUCAUGCUCUACGAGCAUAUGAUAGCAUUAGGACCAUUUCACAGGCCAGUAACAUCAGUAGCGCAGAGAUUUUGUUAAGGAAUAUAGCAUCAAGCAGUUUCUCUGGUUUAAGUGGCGAAAUACGUUUCGAAGGAGGAAAGCUGUUGCAAACUCCCCCCAAAUUGAGGAUUGUAAAUGUGCGAAAUAAGAGGUAUGAAGAAUUAGACUUUUGGGCGCCAUAUGAUAGGUUCUCAAAAGGCCUUGUGACAGAAAAAGGUAGACAACGUUUGGCUGCCCCAGUGAUUUGGCCCGCCGAGAUGAACUUAAGCAGACCAAAAGGCUGGGCAAUGCCUACUGACAAGAAUCCAUUGAUAAUUGGAGUUCCCGGGAGAACUUCAUUCCAGAAGUUUGUUAAGGUAGAUGACAGCAACAAAGAUGAUAUCAAAUAUGGAGGUUGGUGCAUAAAAGUUUUCGAGAUGGUGCUAUCUAAUUUGAAUUAUAGUUUGCCUUACAAAUUUGUGGCCUUCAACAGCACCUAUGACGAAUUGGUUUACGGAGUUUUCGACAAGACUUAUGAUGCUGUCGUUGGUGACGUGACAAUAUUGGCUGACAGAUUGGAAUACGUGGACUUUACUCAGCCCUACACCGAGUCAGGGUUGUCCAUGAUAGUUCCUACAAAACCUGAAGAGUCAAAAGCAUGGAUCUUUUUGAAGCCUUUCACGUGGGAAAUGUGGGUGGUGACUGGUGCCAUCAUGCUUUACACAAUGCUUAUAAUUUGGUUCUUGGAGCAUCAAUGCAAUCCAGAAUUUAGUGGCCCAUGGAAGAAUCAGAUUGGGACCACGUUUUGGUUCACAUUCUCCUCUCUGUUCUUCGCUCAUAGAGAGAAAAUUAACAGCAACUUAACUCGAGUGGUGGUGGUAGUAUGGCUCCUUCUUGUGUGGAUCUUAACCUCGAGCUACACUGCUAGUCUGUCUUCUAUGUUCACCGUGCAAAGACUACAAGAAGUUAAUACAGAUAUUGAGUGGCUAAAGAGCAGCAACUCAAAAGUUGGUUGUGAUAAUGAUUCAUUUGUCAGGAAUUACCUAGAGGAUGUGAUUGGAUUCAAUUCAGAGAACAUCAUCACGGUUUUCAACGAAUCUGAGUACAGAGAGCUAUUUGAGAACAAGCAUAUAACUGCUGCCUUUCUUGAACUUCCAUAUAAGAAAGUUUUCAUCAACCAGCAUUGCAAGGGGUACACUGCCACCACACCUACCUAUAAAUUUGGAGGAUUUGGCUUUGUGAGUAGUUACUACAACUUUGCUGUUUCAAUUUCCACAUAACUUCAAGUUGAUCAUCCCAAAUUUCUAUAGUAAACUUCAAUGUCAUGUCUUUGAGAUUUCUUAGCAGA